UGAUCGGUGUAUAUAUAUAUAUAUGGGAAAAUAUGUGCCACGUUUACCACUUUUAAAGAUUCAUACAGGGCAUUUUUAGUUAGCUUGACUGCAUAUGGGAGGAAACACACAUGGAUACAGGGAGAACAUGCAAACUCUACAUAGAAAAGACCCUGGCCGCUAGGCUGGGCAUUCAAACCUAGGCCCUUUUUGCUUUGAGCACACAGAUCACCCUUGUGGCACUUUGGUGUACAGUUUAAAAUUUUAAUGGCAUUAAUUAUUCUUUAAUGGUUGUUUAUAUGUGCUCCUGUAGAUCAGAGUUUUUAAAAUCAUAAUUAUUAUUUUAUGUACAUGAACAAGCUCACAUCACUCGGACCACGAUUGCACUACAGUUUUGUACAUUUAAAGUGAAAGCAGGUCACUGGUACGUUCGAGGUCAAGGCCAUGCUGAAGGCAAGAUUGGCACAGUUUAUGUUAGGACGAAGCAAUUAGUGUCAGUUGUGUGUUACGUUACCUCAUUUUUCUCCUGCACUGUCAGUGUUGGGCUCAGUUGUAGUAAUGAUGAAGCUUUGUGCUUUAACUAGGGAUUUACUGAGACUGAUAGUAUUCUGUAUUGAAAUCUCUUUAGUUAACCCUGGACUUUAGUCUCUCCCCCCACCAGCUCUCUUCGCAAGGCCACUCUAAUCUGAGAGGCUGCUUCCUGUUGGAAUUUAUAAACACCACAUCAUCUGAGCCAGACUACUGCAAACAAAGCACAGACCAUAAAAAAAAUGCUGACUGGUUGAUGGACAGACCUUGAUGGGUGAUUUACAGGGGUAAAGAAAAUUAUUAGCAGCAAAAAUGAGGGAGUGGAUGGACUCUGAGAUGAGCCUGACUGCUGGUAGUUACCUCUCUGGAGGAGAAACCUACAGCAUCGCAGAACCACAGUACUACGAUGUGCUGGUGGACCAGGACUUUGAUCUACAGGCUUUUCCCUACAGCCAACAGCACUAUAGCUCAGCCAACAUUCAGUUCUCUGUGUACGGACCCCCCAGCUCUCAGCCGUGUAACCCCGUAUACACAUACAGCCCACAAUGUCCGGAACCACCAUGCCAAUCAGACAUGGACCUGCAAGGACAGACGAGAGGCAGCAUGGGCAUUACGACAGGCAUAAAGAGACCCAGAAUGGGACCUGGAGCUAGGGUCAAGGGUCAGGAUGAACUGUGUGUGGUGUGUGGGGACAAAGCUUCAGGAUAUCACUACAAUGCUCUGACCUGUGAAGGCUGCAAAGGCUUUUUUAGGCGCAGUGUAACCAAAAAGGCUGUUUACCGCUGUAAAAGUGGUGGUGGAUGUGAGAUGGACAUGUACAUGCGUCGCAAGUGCCAGGACUGUCGACUGCGCAAGUGUAGAGCCGUGGGCAUGUUAGCCGAGUGUCUACUGACCGAGGUGCAAUGCCAGUCGAAGAGGUUGCGAAAGGGCACAAAGCACAGAGGAGACUCACUUUCAGCACUUGCUACAGAGGAUGAGGAGAGCAACGAAAGCAGAAAUGUUUCCUCUACCAGCAGAGUACCUGCACCAGCACGGGUGGCUCUGGGAUUGUCAAGAGAGCAGAAAUACGUCCUGAACAGAAUUGUAGAAGCUUAUCGUUGGUUCAGAGGUCAGGACGCAAUACAGUGCAGGGUGCCCCAGUGGUUGUGCUUAGAAGACGGUAUAGAUUUCCUGACCCCUCUAGAGACAGAAAGGCUUCUGCAGUUCUCAAAAAGCAUACCAGGGUUUGAGCAGUUGGACAAUGCUGACCAGAGCAUUCUUCUCUCCAGCUCUUCUGUGGAGGUCAUGUUCCUGCUGUCAGCUCAACGGUUUGGUGAAAAUCCAUCCCAGUACAGUGCAGGUCUGUAUCCUGUAAGUGGGUCCAACAUUAGUUAUGACUGGAUGAAAACCUCACAAUCCAAGACCAGCAGCCAUGAAACUCUACUAAACUCAGGGAUGGGUGAGGAGAUCUUGAGGCCAAUGCUAAAUUUCUUUCAUAGUAUGGCAGCCAUCGCUGUGACGGAGGCUGAAUAUGCUCUGCUGGUUGCUACCGCGGUACUCUGCUCAGCAGACCGGCUGUCUUUGCCUGCAGCGAGCUGUGUAGAGAACCUGCAGGAGUUCAUUCUGGAGCUUCUCUCCAAGGUGUGCAGGAACGGUCAGGGUUCAAAUCUCGGGCCAUGUCGCUUUGCUAGGCUGCUUGGUCGACUAACCGAGCUGAGGACGCUACACCAUAAUCACCUCACACUCCUACCACAGCAGAUCUGGGAUAUGCAACAUUGAGAAUAUAGAAAAAACAGAGCGCUAACUGAGAUUAGUUCUAGUGUUCAUUAUUACUCUAAGUGGUCUGAGAUCAGAUUACUCCUUGUUUGUUGAGGUCUGCCACAAGAUCGGACUCUGGAUCAACAAUCUUGUGAUUUGAGGAAGAAUGUUUUCUCCUACAAAGUGAAACUUAUUUUUGAUAAUACAGUAGUUAAUACUCAAAUGUACUGUGCUCUUGUACUAUACGAAUACUCUUGUAUUAAUUUUUACUCUAGAAUUGCAUUUAUUUUAAAAGGCAUUGUAUGAUGGAAAAAGAAAAAUAUAGAUGUCUAAAAAUG